AGGCCGGCCCGCGGCCAGCGCGCAGGGCGCCGGCAGCACCCGGCCCGCCGCGCCGCGCCCUCCCCGCCCCCAACUCGCUCCCCAACGGAAAGUUCGGCUCCGGCUGCGCGAGGCACAGAGCCCGGGAAUGAGAAGGGGUCGGGGGGCGUGCUGAGGGGACCGGGCGGCGGCGGCGGCCAGGCGGGGGCAACUUCUCCCGGGAAAGCGCCUCCUGCCGACCCCGCGAGCCGCAGCCCCCGAGUGGGCUCGAGGUGGUUUUUCCCUUGCCUCUGCCUCCCCCUGCGGAUUCAAGACGCGGACCUUGGUCCUGGCGCUCCCGCUGCCGGGUGACAAGAGCCAGCGCCGCCGCCGCCGCCGCCGCCUCGGCCGCCGCUCCCUCCGCCCGCCGGCCGCCCCCCGGCCGCAGCCCCUGCCUCCUGCCUCCUGCCAGCACCAUGGAGUUCUCCGAGAGGAAGAGGAGCAGGAAAUCCCAGAGCUUCAAACUGAUUAUCACCAUGAGGUAUAUAAGAUCUCAGAAUUCAGCAACGAUGUUAAUGGGGAGGCCAAAGAAACACAACCCAUUUAUUUAGGAAACGAAAGCAUGGAAAUUAAAAAACAAAUUACAGGAAUGAGAAGAUUACUGAAUGACAGCACUGGGAGGAUCUAUCAGCGUGUCGGCAAGGAAGGAGAAAAAUUAAAAGAAGAACCCCAGGAUUUGGAUUCAGUCUGGCCUCCGCGCUUGAACUCCACUGCUGAGGCCCCCCAGAGCCUCCACCCUUCUUCACGUGGUGCGUGGAACGAGUUACCACCCUCCAGCGGGCAGUUCUCAGGGCAGUAUGGCACCCGCUCUAGAACCUUCCAGAGUCAGCCCCACACCACUGGGAGCUCCAACGGAGAACUUCCAGCAGUGAAUUCGUCAGGUGGAUCAAACUGCUGUACUUGUAACUGCCAGUCAACGUUGCAGGCCAUCCUCCAAGAACUCAGGACCAUGCGGAAAUUAAUGCAAAUUCAGGCAGCUGGAGCCCAAAACAGACAACAACCCCCCAUUUCCCUCAUGUGCUCCCAGCGAACCGCUGCCUCGCGCAAGAGAAAUAAAAAGAAAAAAGUGCCCCCGAAGACUGUCGAGCCUCUGCCCGUGAAACAGAAGGCCGGCGUGUUGGGAACCGAGAAGCCAGCCGUGGCCUCUGAGCAGUCUGGUCCCCCCGCGGCCGAGCACCCGUCCCCCGGGGACAGCCGCGUCCUCGGAUUCGGCAUUGUCCUGGAAUCGCCGGCCUCAGAUCCAGAAGUGCAACUUGCUGAAGGCUUUGAUGUGUUCAUGCCUAAAUCACAGCUGGACUCUAUAUUGUCAAACUACACUCGCUCAGGAAGCCUUCUGUUUAGAAAGCUGGUGUGUGCAUUUUUCGACGACAAGACUUUGGCUAACUCCUUACCCAACGGGAAGAGGAAAAGAGGACUCAACGACAACCGGAAAGGACUAGACCAAAAUAUUGUGGGUGCAAUAAAAGUCUUCACAGAAAAAUACUGUACCGCUAAUCAUGUGGAUAAACUUCCUGGCCCGAGAGACUGGGUACAGAUUCUACAGGAUCAAAUUAAACUGGCCAGAAGAAGGUUAAAAAGAGGCUCAGCAGAGGCAGCGGACGGUGAUGAGAGACUGGACGGCAUCUCUCUACCGCCAACAGGCAAGCAGCCUUCCGUCUGUCUAGCUUCCACAAGAGCGCCUACGGCUUUUGCAGCGGAAAAACGUAGUUUUCUUCGUUUCUUUGCCCUCACGCCCCUGCCGCACUGGAACCAAGUCAGAGGGGGAGAGCUCAGAGUUACUGUAGAGGCGCCCUGUCCGAGGCACUUGCGCCCCAUCGCACUGAACCUGAGCCAGGAGGGGGCCCCCGGGCCGACUCGGUGGUCCACUGACGACCAGCUCAUCAACCGCAGGGAGACGGUUGGAGGCGUCCCUGAAAUGUGGCGACACUGCUUCUCGGUGCGGCUUAUGGACUCAGCCCGACCGCUAGACAGCUCCCUCUCCCGUCUGUGCGUCUCCUGUCUUAUUCCUGAGGCGGGGAGGAAGGUCCCGAGAAACCGUUGCCACCACAUCCCAGGGUUAUUAGCCUUUUACGUUUUAGGCCGGUGAGUAGCCCCUUCCCUGAGACCGGUCCUAACGGAACACUGCACACCAGGGCUCUUGUUUUCCUGCAGCUUAGGUUUGGGAAUUUGUCCUCUGCCCCUCGGAAGGAAAUACUGCUCAAGGGAACUGGAAAGAUUAAUUAGUGACCUUUCCACUCUAUUACAGUUAGAUGAGUGCAUUGCUAAUGCAGGUAGAAACAUUUACCUUACAACUGUGGGAUCUGUUAAUUAUACAUCGUGAACCUUCCAAAGCCCUUCCUUCCAAGAUGGGGCAACAGCUUGGAGGUUUCGAUACUUGAGGAGGAGUAGGGAUUGUUCAGCUCACAAAUACGUGCAGUGCGUCCACAGAUGGGAGCCACGUACUCACAAAACCACACCAGUGAAAUCCCAUUUCGUGCACUCGAAUUGUGUUUGUGUUUACUUACUGUGACUACUGUUCAGACUUUAUUCAGAAAUCCUUUUUAUAGGCUUUCUUAGUAAAAAGAAAAAUUCCAUAUCUACGGAUAAUGUCUCAAUCUUCUGUAUAUAUGUUUUAUUAAUAUGUAAAUAUUUAGAUUUUUUAAAAUUACUAUGUUCUUUAAAAAAAAAAAAAUUCAACACAAGGCUAGUUGUGAAAAUGGUGUAUAAUGUUGUGUUGUGCUAUCAAUUCCCAAGAUGCUCUUUAUGUCCGUUCCAGAAGAAUACAAUAAAUUACUUUAAUCGAA